AUGGGUUUAGCCAACAAGACCGAAACCAAAGGUCCGAAAAAGGCCAAGAAGAGCAAGAAGGCGGGCAAGAAGGGGAGCGAGAAAAAGGCGAAACGUAGCCGUCAGGUCACAGAGGAGCAGCUUGCCAUGACCAAAGAGGAGCGGAAGGCCCUGAAAAAGGCCAAGGCAAUCGCCAACAAACCUAUACGGGACGAAAAAAAGCGCCAGAGGAUGCUGAAGAGGUCGAAACAGCUGGAAAGGAAAGCAAACCAGUUCCUUGCCGAGGCCAAGAGAAUCGCUCAAGAAUACCAAAAGCUGACGGAAGCCAAGAAGUUGACCGACGCCCAAAACGACAAAAAGGAGGGCCAGAGUGACGCGUCCUCGGGUACUUCAAUCUCUAUCUCGUCUUCUUCAGACACCAAUGGUGGCACACCGAGCAAGCAGGACGUGAAAAAGCGUAAACGGGAAAGCGACGCCGCCCUGUUCUACAUAGAUACUACGGGGGAUCCAAAGAAAGCUUCCGGGCCGAAGAAGAGCAAAACUUGUACAGUAGAAAAAAGUCGCAAAUCGGACGAUGCCAGCGAGUCCGAGUCCGAGUCCACUUCCGAUUCCGAUUCCGGUUCCGACUCCGAGUCCACUUCCGAUUCCGGUUCCGAUUCCGGUUCCGAGCCCGAAUCCGAGGACGAGCGGGUUGAACAGGAAAAGAAGAAAAGAGCAGAAAAGGAAAAGAAGACGAAAAAGGGCAAGAGCUCCGCAAGGAAACAGGAGAGUAACGAGGACUCGAAAGCCGGCAACGCUGCCGAACAAUGGAACGUAGGAAGGCUCGAAGGAGGAGCGGACCGACAGAGCAAGUUUAUGAGACUGCUCGGUGGAAAAAAGAGCGGUGGCGCUGCGACCAGCACCAGCACCAGCACCAAGUCGGACUCGAUCCAGGCUGAAGCAGACAUUCAGCGGCAGUUUGAGGCAGGCAUGAAGGCCAAGAAUGGCGGCGCCAGCCAACGACGAGGUCUGGGGGCGUAG